AUGGCACCCUCUCGCUAUGUCGACGACAGCGACAGCGACGACCUUCCAGAACUGGAUGCGCUCAUCAACAAACAUGUCAAGGGUUUGCCCAUCACGACUGCGCCGAAGCUCACUGCCUCGAANACCAACCGUACCUCGUCUGGCACCUCAAAAACCAACUGGAAGGACACAAAGACCGAAGAUCGACAACACAAAGACAAAUGCACCCACAAAGAGCUCGACAAGAGCAAAGACAUCCGGCCAACAACUUACCGAGCUGAAAUCUGCUCCGGAAGUCAGAAAACAGGUACUGGAACCCAAGUUGCUGUCGAGAGCUCGCGGACAGGCUGCGCUGAAGGAGGUAGANNGGCUAAGGUCAAGGAACUGAAGCCGAGAGCCACACCGCAUAGGAAGGCGAAGCCAGCACCGCGACGUCUUCCGCGCAUAGACGAUUCGGAAUCUGAAGAAAGCCAUGAAGAAGUGGAAGAGGAGGAUCUGGAAGAGAGCAUAUACUGCGAAAGCGACAAAGAGCAUGAGGUUCCAGUUCUUGCUCCCAAAGCUACGAACAAGCCUGCGAGAAGGCUUGUGGCUGGUCGAAGAAGUCCAGACUUAGAGUCGAGUGACUCGGACGAGGAUGUCUUCCACACUCCUCCAAGCAAGCAAUCGCAAAAGUCUUCGAAGAAGAGCUUCACUACAGAGACUUCAGACGACCUCACUCAGAAGCUUCUCAAACUUGACCUUGACGAUUCAGACAAGGAAAACGACAACCUCGCCAUACUCAAAUUCUCACCUCCGCGCGCAGCACGGCCAAUCAUGCUAGAAAGACCAGCAACUCCUCCACCAGCCUCUCCUUCAAAAUCUCGCCUUGUCUCUCCUUCGAAGAAGAAACAACGCAUUCCCACGCCCCCUCAUGCACCGAACUUCGAAGAAUUUUGGAAUGUUCAUGCAGUAAACACCUGGAACGACGAGUACUCUCCUCAGAAGCCCCUGAUCUCGCCCAAGAAGAACCGUAAGGCACUGCAAGAAGACUCAGAUUCACCCUCUUCAUCGCCAAAGAAGUCACAAAGUCCUACAAAGAAGAGUCGCGCUGAGAUGCUCGCAAAGAAGGACUUUGAAAACAGAAAACACAAACUGGUCGAAGACUUCUUUGCUGAGCUUGAUCACAAGAUCACUGGAGACAAGAUUGGAGAGCUUGCUGCAUUGACUGGUGGCGUCAAGUUCAUUUGGAGUAAAACACUAAAUUCAACCGCCGGCCGAGCAAACUGGAAGCGCGAGACAACAAAACACAGAAAUCUUGAUGGAUCGAUAACAACAACUCAGAAGCACCACGCCUCUAUCGAACUUGCCGAGAAAGUCAUUGAUGAUGAAGAACGUCUUCUGAACGUCGUGGCUCACGAAUUCUGCCAUCUUGCAAACUUUAUGGUCAGUGGGAUUAAGGAUCAACCACAUGGUCAUCAGUUCAAGGUCUGGGGCAAGAAGUGCAGCGAUGCAUUCGGUCACCGUGGCGUAGAAGUCACUACGAAACACUCAUACCACAUCGACUACAAGUACGUCUGGACUUGCACAAAUGAGAUGUGUAACCACGAGUUCAAGCGUCACUCCAAGAGUAUCGACCCAGCCCGUCACUCGUGUGGUGUGUGUCGCAGUAAGCUUGCUCAGACAAAGCCGGCACCUAGAAAGCAGGCAGGCCCGACUAGCUAUGCAGCUUUCGUCAAGGCCAACUUUGCAGCCCUUAAGCAGGAAAUGGCAGGAGCACCUCACAAGGAAGUCAUGGCUGCCUUGGGUCAAAAGUAUCGAGACCAAAAGGCCAAGGGCGAGUUGAAUGCCACAACACCACCAGGAGGAGUCGACGAUAUGGCUCAGGCAUUGGAAGUUGUGGUGUUGGACAGCGAGUGA